AUGCCGCCUUCUGCGACGUAUAUUCCGUUGGAACUACUUGUGGAGGAUGUUCUCCCAAAUUUUAAGUAUCAAAUACAGUUUAAGAGUGGAGAACUCGAGAAAGCAAUCGCCACCAAAGAGCAGAUCAGACAGUUUCUGAUUUGUAUGUUCGGGGGAAUAACAGAGGAUGGGAAGUAUGGCUUCGAUCCCACCAAAGGAGUUCUGCUUGAGAUCUUGAUGCAGCUCAAAGCUCCCCCGUAUAUGAGCACAGAGGAAAUCAGUUACUAUACAGACCGAAUUGCUCAGCACGGUAUCCACGGACCUCUAAAUUGGUAUCGUACCAUGGAAAUCAAUCAGAAGGAUGAGCUCGCUAUCAUCGACCGUAAGAUCAACGUUCCGGUGCUCUUCAUCCAGGCUCUCAAGGACCUUUCUCUGCCCCCGCAGUUGGCUGAAGGGAUGGGAGAAGCCAUCCCUCAAUUAACCAUUGAGAAGAUCGAUACAGGCCACUGGGCUCUAAUGGAGGGCCCUGAGACCAUUAAUGAGAUUAUUGCUGGCUGGCUUGCCAAUAUCGGCGCAAAAUCGGUCUGA